CGCGGCCCCGUUAAUCCGGGCCCGGCCGCCCGGCCCGGGCCAGACCGGGACAAGGUGGGGCUGGGGUCUCACCCGGGAGGGGCUCUGGGGGUGCCCCCGCCCCACCCCGAGAGGGCAGGGACCCCCCCCGGGCACCCGUGGGGACAGAGGGGGCGGAGCCAGGCCCGAGUGACCGGAACCGACCGGGUCAGUCCCGAGUGACCGGAACCGACCGGGUCGGGCCCGAGUGACCGGAACCGACCGGGCCAUGUGGCUGUACCUGGCCCUGCUGGCCCUGGCCUGGGCCCUGGGCUGGCUGCUGCGGGACCGGCGCACGCUGCCCACGGUCACGGACAAGCACGUGUUCAUCACGGGCUGCGACAGCGGCUUCGGCAACCUGCUGGCCCGGCGGCUGGCCCGGCGCGGCUACCGCGUGCUGGCCGCCUGCCUGACCCCGCAGGGCGCCGAGAGCCUGCGCGGGGACAGCGCCGGGGGACACCUCCGCACCACCCUGCUCGAUGUCACCCGCUCCGACAGCAUCCGCCGCGCCGCCGAGUGGGUGCAGAGGGAGGUGGGGGAGAAAGGGCUGUUUGGGCUGGUGAACAACGCCGGUGUGGCCAACCCCAUCGGCCCCACGGAGUGGAUGGACAUCGAGGAUUUCCGCCGGGUCAUGGCCGUGAACGCUUUCGGGGCCAUCGAGGUGACCCUGCAGCUGCUGCCGCUGCUGAAGCGGGCGCGGGGCCGCGUGGUCAACACGUCCAGCGUGCUGGGCCGCAUCUCGGCCAACGGCGGCGGCUACUGCAUCUCCAAGUACUGCAUCGAGGCCUUCUCGGACAGCCUCAGGCGGGACAUGCGGCACUUUGGGGUCAAGGUCAGCAUUGUGGAGCCGGGCUUCUUCAAGACCAACGUGACGGACCUGGACUCGCUGGAGGCGUCGCUGCGGCAGCGCUGGGAGCGCCUGGAGCCGGCCACGCGCAGCAGCUACGGGGAGCACUUCCUGCCCCAGUACCUGCGCGUGCAGCGCCUGCUGCUGUCCCUGCUGUGUGACAAGGACCUGGCCAAGGUGACAAACUGCAUCGAGCACGCGCUGCGGGCGCGGCACCCGCGCAGCCGCUACAGCGCGGGCUGGGACGCCAAGCUGCUCUGGCUGCCGGCCUCCUACCUGCCCUCGGCCCUGGUGGACCUGGCCCUGGCCCUCAUCCUGCCCAAGCCCGCCCAGGGCGGCCGCUGAGAGCCCCCAGACCCAAAUUAAACCCCCCCGAGGGUGGGGAAUGAACCCCCCCAGGGUGGGGAAUAAAUGCCCUGAACUCGUCUGUCAUUGAUCUGCUCAUGGGUAAAAGGGGAUUUGGGGACACUGAGGUGGCACUUGGGGUUGUAUGGACCUGGCCCUGGCCCUCAUCCUGCCCAAGCCUGCCCAGAGCGGCCGCUGAGAGCCCCCAGACCCAAAUUAAACCCCCCGAGGGUGGGGAAUGAACCCCCCCAGGGUGGGGAAUAAACCUCACAAAUCCA